AUGGCUGAAGCGGUUGGGGCAGAAGAAGGAGAAGCGGAAGAAAAGAGAGAGAAGAAGAAGAGAAGAGAAGUUGAGGUUGAAGUUUGUGGACGACGAAGAAAAGAACAAGCUUGGAGUUUCGCUGAAGCGCGCUAG